AUGCCGUAUUCUCCUGCUAUUCUAGCAGACAUUGAUCCAUCUUGCUCUGCCGGCUCCGCCAUAUGGAUGUCCUGCACUUGGCUGCUUUAUUUUGGUAUCCGAGAGCCACACAUCCCAGUGUGGUGUUGCGCCGUUCGGCUUCUUGCGGCGGGUGCCCGACAACACUUUCAUCAUGGAGAAAAAGAAAUAGAAAAGUUGCAUAAGGAGACGCGUGGCAGCACCGGAAUAUCUAGUGUGGUAUCAAAAUCACACUGUCACUUUGGUCACCAAUCCAUCGACUAUCGUCGGCCCUGUGGUUUUCGUGGAUCUGCCAAUUUAGUGCAAAACAUGCGGCAUAUUACUCUAGAUGGGCUACAACGUAAUCCAGUUGAUUCUUGGAAUCACAAUGCCUUCCUACAGUUGCACGAUUUGACACAGCAGGCAAUGACUGUCAGCAAGACAUCUGUUUGGGCUGAUAGUGAGAACCCAAGCCAAGAUUUUGUUCCAGCUGACCCAACCCAGGAUGGGCAGGAAAGUCCAGUCAAGAAAUGGCAAGAAGAUGAGAAGAAUGAAGUAGAUGAGGUACAAAUUAUAAAACAAAAAGGAUUCAAAGUUGCAGAAGCCAGGAAAACUGAUAAAAUGAAAUCUGCGAACAACAGUUGUUAUCAGGAUACUAGUCACCCUUUAAUAGGCCUAGUCAGCAUGAAUAACAUCAUAUCAUGGAACAUAAGGGGACUUAAUAGUCCCCUGAAACACAGAGAGGUGGACAACUACCUUUCUAUAAAUAGUGUUGGAGUUGCUGGAACAUUGGAAACAAGAAUGAAUGAAGAAAAAGUCAUGGAGGUGAUGAAGAGAAAAUGGCAUAUGUAUGAGUAUGUUAGUAAUAAUGAAGGCCAAAAUAAAGGAAGUAUACUGACUCAAGGUGGAAGAUACACAUGGUCAAAUAAGCAAGUAGAAGAUCAAAGAAUUGUCUCUAAGAUGGAUAGAGCAUUAAUAAAUGAGGAAUGGUUGAAUCAGAAUCCUGAGGCAUAUGCAACAAUACUAGCAGCUGGAAUAUCAGCUCAUAAUUCACUAGUGAUCAGAUGGGGAGAAGAAGUGAAGAAUAAAAAGAGAGCUUUUAAGUUCUAUAACGUGUGGUUACAUUAUCCUGGGUGCAAAGCAGCAGUAGAGAAGGUGUGGGAAAAGAAUAUAAAUGCCAUUAAACAGAGAAGUAUAAGGAACAAGAUUAGAUCAUUUACCAAUACUCAAGCAGAAUUGAUGAAAGACUACACUAAAGUUGAGACACACUUUAUGGAUUACUAUCAGGAGCUAUUGGGAAAGAAGGUAUGGGUGUAUGAGCUGAUCAAGAGAAUCGUGCCACAAAGAAAAGGAGUAGAUUAUUUGAUUGAUGAGACCGCUCCAUUAGCUCAGCGGUGGGAAUGUAGGUACACCUACGGAGACGCCCCAAGGAGCACCACCCCACCUUUUAGAGAUCAAUUAACAAGCCUGCGUGUUGAAGAUUUUCGGUGGCAACCAUAUGCACAGGUCCUUCAUAGACUCCCUGAUUCUGUACACAAGGCCAAGCCAUUUGGACGACCAGGUGUUGGAUGUUCUGUUGGGCUAUUAGGGAACCCCACGAGUCGGGCAAAGUUUAUGUCUAGGUAUCCUAGCAACAAUUGGGUGGACCACCAUUCCGCAGUACGUCGUCAUUGGAAUAGGAGAGAAGAGUACGUGCUACGAGAUUUGGAGGAAGGAGACCCUGGCUCCGCAUAUGAGGGGUACUAUGAACGGUUCAUGGUUAACACUGUCAGACUGAUAUCUAAUCCCAAAAAUUAUGAACCUCAAGGAUACGAGACUUCUUCAAGCCGAGUGAAAUUAUAUGGUGAAGUAUUGAACAACAUUCGCGUGAGUACCGAGAAGUUUAGAGAAAAGCGAGAAGAUGAGAAUCUCCUAGACGAAGAACUCGACAAGCAUUUGGACGAUAUCAUCAAUCAAACACAUGCUGCUUUAACCCUGGGCGCAAAUGAUGAGAUGGAAGUGGAGGAUACCCAAAUCCUAGUUGAUGAAGAUCCAUCUUUGCCCUCACAACCUCCGCCGGGUAAAAAAACAAAACCGUGGUCGAGAGAUAAGAUUGGAGGAGGAAGAAAGAGGAAGGUCCCGAUCUCCCCUCGGACAUCGUAA